CGGUUCGCGCAUGCGGGGUAGGCCCCGCAACUAGAGCGCUUCCUGCCAAAUAGUGGUCCCUAACAACAGACAAAGCUUGUCAGAGUGGAUCCCGGUGAAGAAAACCUCCGUAACGGCGCUCCUGCUUCCCUCCUUCAAUGGGUCCUGACAGGCUCUCCGGCUGCAGAGAGUAGGCUGAGCGUGCAAACAUGUCGGGCCGCUCUGCUGCAGAGAUGGACGACUCGCAGGAGCUGCCGGCAAAGAAGGCCAAGAUUGAGCUCGACAGUGGACUGGAGAAGGAGCAGAGUAAUUUGGGUGACGAUGGGAGUCCGGCUGCAGUUUUAGCUUCAUCGGAGCAGGACGGCUCGUAUUCUGCUCUGUCCUCUGCACAGCUCGAUCCAGGUGAACAUGAGCAGUCCAGCGCAGACAGAGGAGCAGCGUCUCAAACAUGUGGCGACUCCGUUAGCUCGUACGCUCAUUCAGCCUCUGGCACAACAGCCACGUCUGAAUACACCCAGCAGGUUUAUCAGGGAAGCAGCCCAGCGGUGACGUCUUACACCGGCCAGGUCUCCUUCCCUCCUCUGGCUCAGUCCACCGUCUACUCGGCCUUCCCUCAGACCGGACAGACUUACGGCCUCCCACCGUUCGGUGCUAUGUGGCCAGGCAUAAAAACAGAGACAGGGCUGCCUGAGGCGCCCUCUGGUGGCCAGCCUGGGUUUCUCAGCUUCAGCACCGCAUAUACCUCAACCCAGCCCGGCCAGCUGCACUACUCAUACCCCAGCCAAGGCUCCAGCUUUACAACAUCCAGCGUCUACUCCAACAUCCCGUCAGCUACAGCCGUCACCACGGCCUCCACAGCAGCAGCACACCAGGAGUUCAGCAGCUAUAACUCUCUGGGUCAGAGCCAGUUCUCCCAGUACUACAGUCUGCCUCCCAGUUACGUUCCUGCCGGUCUGCCCAGCAGCGAUGAGCACAGCGCUGGUGUCGGAGCGGCCGGAUAUUCAGCGGUGAAGUCGGAGGAGGCGGCUUCAGCUGGACUUCCUCCCAGAGAUGCGUCUCCGCCUGAGAACCUCCCGGCAGGAGCAGCUCUUCCCACCAACGUGGCUGUGCCGGCUGGAGCUCGAGAUCAGGACGAGGUCGGUCGCAGGAACUCUGUGGGAAAAUCCAAAGGGAAGGGCAAGAAGUCGGACAGCAGCCCACCGACCGACACUGACCUCGAGCGUAUUUUCCUGUGGGAUCUGGAUGAGACCAUCAUUAUUUUUCACUCGCUGCUCACCGGCUCUUACGCUCAGAAGUUUGGAAAGGAUCCGGCCACGGUGCUGAAUCUGGGCCUGCAGAUGGAGGAGCUGAUCUUCGAGCUGGCCGACACUCAUCUGUUCUUCAACGACCUGGAGGAGUGCGAUCAGGUCCAUGUGGAGGAUGUAGCUUCUGACGACAACGGACAGGACCUGAGUAACUACAACUUCCUGGCGGACGGUUUUAAUGGUCCCAGUGGUGGAGGAGCUUCAGGGACCACCACAGGAGUCCAGGGAGGCGUGGAGUGGAUGCGCAAACUGGCCUUCCGCUACCGCCGGCUAAAAGAGAUCUACAACAGCUACAAAAGGAACGUUGGGGGCCUGUUGAGUCCCAUGAAGAGGGAGCUGCUCAUCAGGCUUCAGUCUGAGAUCGAGAACGUCACCGACGCCUGGCUCAGCACAGCGCUGAAGAGUCUGCUGCUCAUCCAGUCCAGGGGGAAGUGUAUGAACGUGUUGGUCACCACCACUCAGCUGGUUCCUGCUCUGGCCAAAGUUCUGCUGUACGGUCUGGGAGAUGUCUUCCCCAUCGAGAACAUCUUCAGCGCCACAAAAAUAGGGAAGGAGAGCUGCUUUGAGAGGAUCGUCUCUCGCUUCGGUAAAAAAGUGACGUAUGUGGUGAUCGGUGACGGCAGAGACGAGGAGUUCGCAGCAAAACAGCACAACAUGCCUUUCUGGAGGAUCUCCACUCACGGCGACCUGGUGUCUCUUCACCAAGCGCUGGAACUGGACUUCUUGUAAAGGAGCUGAAUGUGGCUAAAAGGGAAGAACGUGGGAGACUUUUAGAGAAACGAAUCCUCCACAGCUGAUAGAAAGCCGCUCUCUCUGAGGGACGGCCUGGAUUUAGGUUCUGUCCUGCUCCUCCUUUACGGCAGCUAACCUCUCCACCUGACUGGCACUGAUCUGGACACAGAAGGGAUGACUUUAUUUUUUAUUUUUCCUUCUCCACGGCCUUUAUUUUUAUUUCCUCUUCAGAAAACGUCCUGCAGCCGACUUCAUCCCUGUCUUUCUGUUCUCUGUAGAAGCUUUUCAGAAGACUUGUCGUUUUUUUAGUCAUCAAACCUCCAUUGAUCUCUGCUUCAUCUGAUGUUCUUUGUGUCGCCGUUAAGCUGAAGCCGGUUCUCAAUGGCGUGACUUCAUCCUGAGCAGACCACAGCCUCCGUCAGCCGAUCAGCAGACAUGUGGGUGGAGUGAUCCGUGGUCGCUGAGCGUGUGCAGAACAUCAGACGUGUCAUGAAACAUCCACCAUGCUGUGCUGUGACCACAGACCUGUGGAAGAAGCUGCUCUGUGGUUUGGAGUUUCUGCCCCAGUAGUUUAAGUAUUAUUAUCAGUGAACAGGGUUUUAGAACAGCGUCGCAGUCCAGUGAAAAUCAUUCCUCUCCACGUUUGUCCUUCUUUCUCGUCAAAACCUGAUCCUUAAAUCAGCUGCAUUUUAACUGAAGUGAAUCUUGUUUCUGUUUAGCUCCAAACAAAGAAAGUGCUUUAAACAGUAUCCACUGAAAACAGCUGACUGGAUCUGGAUCUGCUGCUUCUGAGCUUGAUGACCUGAAAUGUCCAGACUGAAGCUCACAGAUUAAUUUAAAGCCUUUACUUGAGCAAACAGAGGAACGUUUCAACACCACCGUCUCCCCAUCAGAGACUUGAAACAGCUAAAGGUUGUGAAUUAGUUUCUUAAACUCUGAGUAGUUUCUGGGCGUUUUUUUUCCCACGGUAAUAUAAAGUCCUGCAGCUCUAUGGAAACAGAAAGUUACAACAUUUUUUCACGGGUUCUGUCAACACUUGGAUAUAAAUGUUGGCUCCACAUAUGAUAGAUAUUUUACUACUUCAGAUCUUUAGUUUGUUCCCAGGCUUUUACACGGCCUGCAGUUCAACCAGAAAGUUCCUCAUUUUAUCUCAUGACUGUUGGCAGCAGCUGAGUCGAUAAAAGCUCCAUAGUAGAGCAGAACAGAGCAGAAUUUUUGCUUUUUUGCAGAAUCUUUUCAAUGCAAACGGUUUAUUUUUUGUUGAAUUUUUAAACAAGACAUUCGAUUUGGUUAAACUUCUCAAAGAACCGUAGGUUAGACCUGAUUAGGAUCCGUCAGAAAGAUGAAAACCAAACGAUGAUUUAUGUUUGUACACCGCCAUUCAAAACUUUGGGGUCACUUAGAAACAUCUUUUUUAUUUUUUUUGAAAGAAAAUCUUUUUUUUUUCAAUGAAGACAUUAAAUAAAUGAUAAAUCCAGUGUAGACAUAGUUAAUGUGCUAAAUGACUAUUCUAGCUGUAAACAGCUGAUUUUUAAUGGAAUAUCUCCAUAGGGGUACAGAGGAACAUUUCCAGCAACCAUCACUCCUGUGUUCUAAUGCUACAUUGUGUUAGCUAAUGGUGCUGAAAGGCUCAUUGAUGAUUAGAAAACCCUUGUAGUUCUGUUAGCACAUGGAUAAAAGUGGGAGUUUUCAUGGAAAACAUGGAAUUGUCUGAAUGACCCCAAACUGUUGAACAGUGGUGUAUGUUUGUACAUUUUCUGGUUCUGAUAAAUGAUGAAGUUUUGGCAGUAUUUCAAAGAAAAACACUUUUGGUUCAAUUUUCUUCAGUCCUCUUGUUGUCUGGAGGUUAUUUCUCAGUAAAUCUUCCCAACAGAUGUUGAGGUUUUAUUUUAUAGUUGAGAAGAAUCACUCCACAGAAGCACGAUCACAAAUCAGCUUUUUGCAGCUUGACAUGUUGGAGAUUCUUGGUUUUCACCGUAGUGCGACGCUGAUCUUUGUAUUUUCCUGCAGCCUGACCUUCAGGCUCCUCAGAGCACAGUCCUAAGUGUCCUUGAAACCCCAUAAAACGUCCGUCAAAAACCUCUCGGAAAGAGUUGACUGGUUUGUCUUUGAAACAGUGGAGUUUUCACGUUUAGAUGGUUCCUGUUGUUUAAUGGCGUGAAAAAGGACAAAGCGAACUGAUCCAUGUUUUCUGAAUGUUCAGUGUUUUCUGGUCCAACGCCCUCGGCUGGAUUUCUGUUUGACGUCAGUGUUUAUGGUUGGAAAGUCACAGAAUUCAGUAGAAAGCCUGGAUGCUAAAAUGGUGUUUAUUUUGACCCAAUUGUUUUAUUUCCUCAAGGUAGAACUAAAACUAUUUCAUAAUUUUUCAAGCAAAAAUACCAAAAGCGGACGAUCUUUAGGUUUUUGAAAACAAACAUGUUGAAGACGUCACUUUGGCUGAAGGACAUUAGAGCUGCAACGAUCCGUCCUUUAGUUGACAUGAGGGCUGUACGUUUAGAAUAAUUUAAUCAACCGAUAACCGUCAGCGUUAUCAAUCAGUAAUCAAUACUGAGUGCAGUAGACGUUGUAGUAACUGUAGUUAUAUUACCCUUAGAUACCACAAGGUUGUAGUUGAUCCAGGCAUACGAUCACUUUAUUAGCUCAAGUCGGAGGUCAUUAACCUCCACAGACGUCCUUGUCAUGGUGCCCGUGGCUAACUAAGCUCCCACAAUGCUCUCUGCUUGUCAACAUGAACUUCCGCUAAACGGGAAGAAGUUCCACCUGGUGGAACAACCAGGUACUGCAGCUGACCUACAUGUGAUCAAUACUUUUUCAGAGCACAGUCCUAAGUGUCCUUGAAACCAAAUAAAAUGUCCGUCAGAAACAUCUCAGAAAGAGCUGACCAGUGGCACGGUUUGUCUAUUGCUAGUGUACGUUCAACCAGGAUCUAUAUAACGACAUCCUACAACCCAAUUUCUUUCAAAGUUUUUAAAUUUUUAUUAUGACCUGCCAUACAUGCACAUAUGGACUUUUUUCCCUGUACGAUGAAGCAGUUAAAAGUUGCUUUUUGCAAACUUUCUACAUCCUUUUUAAAGGAUAUUUCCAUUGCACGGUAAAGGCUCUGAAUGACCUGACAUGUAUGUCGACCAGUCUAAAGUUUGUUUUGAUUGAAGCAGAACGGUUUCCCAGCCAUAUAUAUCUGCUCAUUUUAAGGUCAGAAGUUAACCGUCUGACCGUCAGGCUGAUUUUGAGCGAAGAUCUUUGCUUCAGUGGUGAGUGAUUUGUAAUUUGCAGAACAAUGUUGCUCAAGCAAAGAGAAAUCUGCUGGAGAACUUUUUUUUUCUUGUCAUCGGACAUUCUUCACUAAAUUUUUCUGCUGGAGCGAAUAGAAGUUAGUAGUUUGAUGCAGUUGUUUGGACUGCCAUGUUUUUCAGUUUGAAGAAAAUGUCUUAAAUUACCCAGAAUUCAUGUCCAAUUAUUCCAGUUUUAAUUUCUUAGCCCAAUAAAUGUGUCAUACAGGCCCAGUGAAAAGUAUCUCCUUAAGUUGAGGCCCAGCGAUCCAACGGAUGGAUCCUUUGUGGUCCAGACUAUCCCAAGAUUCCUUGCACAUUGGUGACGCUUAAGUUUUCAAAAAUAUGUUGAAUUCUGAAAGUGAAACUUUGGCGGCAGAAGGUUAAGCUUUUAAAUAUGGAUGUCCAGAUCAAGUUUUAUUUGCACCCAAUCCGAUCCAAGUCAUUUAGUGUCUGUUGAUGCUUGAUCGACACGACCGGUCAAAGGUUUGGGGUCAUUCAGAAAUGCCCUUAUGGACAUCAAAGCCCAAACGUUUGAACGGUAGUGUACAUCAAGUAUCGACACUUUUGAAAGAAAAACAUUUUGAAAACAUGAAAGUACCUGGACAACCCCAAACUUUUGAACGGUACCGUAGAUAUCGUUGGUUUCCUCAUUGCUGGACUUCACAAAUAUUCAUUUUUUCAUUUUAGAAGUUGAUUGUCUUCUCAAUCAUACGUACAAUCAGGGAAGCAUCUCAUCAUUUGAUCUGAUAAUUCUACAUAAAUAGCAAAAAGAUUAUCUUCAGCAACAACAGGAAACCAUGCAAAAGAUGGUGUAAACAGUCGAAAAUGUCUUAGUUGUAUAUAAAAUAUAAUAUAUAGGUAAGAUAUAUCUGACUGUUUAUACCGUCUUUGGCAUGACCUCAUGUCCAGGAAGUCAUGCCAAAGACGGUGCAAACAGUCAAAAAUAUCUUGGUUACAUGUAAGAUACAAAAUAAACAGUCAAAAAUAUAGUUGUAUGUAAGAUAUAAUAUAAAACUAAGAGAUUUUUGACUGUUUAUACCUUCCUGGACAGAAAGUCAUGCAAAAGAUGGUAAAAACAGUCAAAGCUAUCUUAGUUGUAUAUUGUCUUAGUUUUCAUGGAAAACAUGAAAUUGCCUGGGUGAUCCCAAACUUUUCAUUUAAUCUUGAUAGUUUCUGAUUCUAUCAUCAGUUAAGAUUGUUUAUAACAUGGUAGAAAAGAGUGAAAGUGUGACGCCUUUAUAUCGACCAGAACUCCAUAAAGAACUAAGACGGCAAAACAAAGAGUCAAACUAAAUAAAAUCCUGGUGUUUUUGCUUGAAAAAUGGCUGAUUAUUAUUAAAUGGUUCCAGAUGAAUGGUUGAAUCUUCAUCCACACCUUUCUGAGUCGUAUCUGAGGAGGAAAAACCAAAAGCAAGGACUGUGCAAUAGAUUCCUACUCUCUACUUUGACUCUAUCUGGAGGCUUUUCUGGGCGGUGGAAGCAGCAGGAAGAGAUUUACGACUGAACAAUACUGAGCCUGAAGAAGAUAUUUCCACACAUGCAGCUUGACCGUUACGAAUGUGUUCUUCUGUGUAAUUACUUUGUGUGACUGUGCAUAUUUAUAUUGUGCCUUUAACCAUCAUCAUCAUAAUCUCAAAGGGAAAUAUGUACGUUUGUGUUUUGUUUGAUCCGUAUAUCGCUGCAUCCUUCUAUUAUCCAAAGUGUUAUUUUACCUUUUUAGCGCUUGUUUUAUUUUUUUUAAAAGAUUUUCUUUUGUUACUCAGUUUUCUUGAUUUGUUCUGUCUGCACUGUAAAGGUCUCCUCCAGAACUCCACUUUUCAUUCUCGUUUCUCGUCCGUUUUGCUCCUUUUGAAUGGAGAUCUGGUUUAUUGAGCGGCUGUGAAACGCUCAGAGACAAUCAUGACCCGGUGUUUUUAAGGCGGAAGUGAGAAGCGGCUUUACACGAAGCUGCUUCUGAUCGCUCAGUGUUGUACUACCUAAAGAAACCCAAGAAAAGUUAAGACCUUUUGAAUCUUUUCAUCUUAUUGAAUGUUUAUUUCUUUACCUGCAUGUUUUGUCUGUUUUGAAGUAAAUCUCAUGGAAAGUGUCCGUGAAACGUUAAAGGGCCUUCAGUAGAUGAGUCCUCUUUCGGUUUUUAUUCUUUCCGAUGCCAAAUACUGUUGUUGUUGUUCAAAUUCUGUCUGUUUUCUUUUUUUUUUUUUUACGCGUUUCAUCUCAUUUUCGAAGCGAUCUAGGGUCGCGUAGACGCCUGUAAACUGAACACUUACUCUAAUAAUCACAGCUAAUUUAAUUCCAGUAAUCACUACGUUCCCUCCACAGUCCUGUAAGGUUCUCCUGUGUACGCCCAAGAACAUGUAAAUACAUUUUAAAAACUUUCAGA